CUCAUGGUGGACAAGUCACUGAGGAGAGGAGCUGCAUUGACUUUCAUAGAAUAAUUCUAUAUUCCGCUGAAGUUGAUGGGUAUCGCGUUACAUUGAGCAGGACAUUUGGACGUGCUUGGCCACACUUUUCCAUGAACUAGACUACAGGUGGUUCACACAGACCUACAGUCUAAAAUGGCAUUGCAGCCACUAGAAUCAGUUAAAGAGGAGCCCCAAGAUGAGGAAUUCGAUGACUUCCUCCAGACGUACUUACUGGCAAAUCAAACACUGGAUGAGAAGCCUAAAGUGGAGCAAGACAUUAAGAAGGAAAUUUCUCCUACUGACCAAGACUUUGGGAGCACUGUAAAUCCUAAAGAGGAGCGGGAUGUUGGCCAUAGUGAAGAUGAGCCAUCUGGAAAAAAUGAUACUCAAAGGAUCAUGGGAAGACAGAAAAAACAGGAACGUGAACACACCAAGAAAAAGCAAAAUCAAAUAUUUCAAUGCUCUGAUUGUGAAAGGAAUUUCUCUCGUAUGAGCGCUCUGAAGAAAAACAAGGUGAUGCAUUCAGGGGAGAAGCCAUUCCAGUGUUCUCAAUGUGGGAAAAGAUUCAGUCGAAAAUGCAAUCUGAAGAAACACCAGAUGAUACAUUCAGGGGAGAAGCCAUUCCAGUGUUCUCAAUGUGGGAAAAGAUUCAGUCGAAAAAGCAGUCUGAAGAACCACCAGAUGAUACAUUCAGGGGAGAAGCCAUUCCAGUGUUCUCAAUGUGGGAAAAGAUUCAGUCGAAAAAGCAAUCUGAAGAAACACCAGGUGAUGCAUUCAAGGGAAAUGCCAUUUGAGUGUUCUCAAUGUGGAAAGACUUUUAGGGAAAAGGGGAAACUUCUGGUUCACCAGAGGAUCCAUUCAGGGGAAAAGCCAUUUGAGUGCUCACACUGUGGAAAGAGCUUCAAUCAAACAAACCAUCUCAAAACCCACCAGGUGAUCCAUUCAGUGGAGAAGCCAUUUGAAUGCUCUCAAUGUGGAAAGAGAUUCAAUCAAAUAGGUACUCUGAAAAAGCACCAGAGGAUCCAUUCAGGGGAAAGGCCAUAUGUGUGCUCUCAAUGUGGAAAGAGCUUUAGGGAAAGGGGUUAUCUCAAAACCCACCAGAUCAUCCAUUCAGGAGAAAAGCCAUUUGAGUGCUCUCAAUGUGGACAGUGUUUUAAUAAUAAGAGUAAUCUGAACAAACAUACGAUGAGGAUACACUCAAGAUAGCCAGGUUUUAUCAACCCCGCUUUACCUACCCUGGGUUAGUUCUAGGUAGGUCGAACUAUGUUUGUAGGCCUAUGGUGUUAGCAUAGCCAGGUUUUAUCAACCCCGGGUUACUUAUCCUGGCUUAGUUCUAGGUAUGUUGAACCAUUUGUGUAGUGCAGGCCCAUGAUGUUAGCAUAUCUCAGGUUUGAUUGUCUUUUUGUCUGUUCUGUUGUUAUUUUCUCCCCUGUGGCAUGUAUCUGUGCUAUCAACAGCCGGGGGGGGGUGCACCUUGUUGUAUUGCUAAAUAAUGUGUGUAUUAGAAUGUCAAUAUUGUUGUUGUUUUUGUUGUACUGCUAGAUAAUUCAUGUGUUAAAAUGCCAACAUUGUUGUUUUAUUCUGUGUGGAUGAUUUCUGUCAUUGACAGCCAUAGCAGUAUGAGCGUUUCCUGUUACAAGUUAAUUCAUGGCUUAACAUCACAGUUCUGCUUUGGCUUUCACUGUGGUGGAAUUGUGAUACUGGAAGGGGUUAAAUGUAUGGAUUA